AUGCCGCCUCGAAGCGAAUCACCCACCCCGCUCAUCCUCAUGGGCUCUCGGGCCUCUAGCGACGGCUCUUACACCCGCAAGGAUAGCUUUGACUCCUACUAUUCGGAGAAGGGCAAGGAAAGUCCGUCGGCUACUGGCAGCAAUGGAUUCGAUAACUCCCACACGGCCUCGAGCAGCCAGGCCACGAGCCGAAAGGCUUCCGACCCGGCCCCGAAGCCGUACUCGCCGACAGUGAACGUCUACACGCACUGCGGUCGGCACUCCGACCAGUACCUGUUUAAGGGCUGGAGCGACCUCGUCAGGUCCUUCAAGAAGGACUGA